UUUUCUCCAGCCUACGUCAUCCAACCUCGCGCCUUGCAAGAUCAACAGGCAGUAGAUCCAACAUUCUUAUUGCCAGAAGAUUAUCUAAUAAUGCCUAACAUCAAGUCUCGCGCCCGGGCCAAUACCAGACGUCGCUCCCGGACUCGUGUCAGACGUCGCUCCCGGAGCCCCCGGACACAUGUAAAACGACAUAACUAUAACACUAGAGCCAAUAAAAAGGCAGGACAAAAGCUUACGGGUGAGAUCAAAGACAUAGUGGAUUCUAUCAAUGCAAUGGAGAAAAUAUUACAAGAUUCAGUCGACCUUUUCAUCAAAUUAGACAAAUUAAGUUCCCACAAAACAAAAAAAGAGACCUGUUCCAGAAGAGGACAAAACGGCGGAGUUGGUAAAAUAACGCACACAAUGCAAAAUCCUUUUGGUUUUCUGAAAGGAGGGUCGAACAAGGCUAAAGGUCGAAAUGGCAAGUCUAGCACACUAGCAGAUCUCUUCAAAGGCAACGGUGAUGAAAAUGUGAUCAAUUUGAUUGUUGAAGACUUCACGGGCGAUAUAAUGAAACAACUUGGCUUGCCUGCCAAAGAAAGCCAACCUGGGCCACAGGAAGGGGAGAAACCCGAAUGCCCGAAACUCGAAUGCCCGAUCUGCUACGAUGACUAUAAGCAGAUCCAAACAAACAAUCGGCAGUUGAUGUCUACGUUAUGUGGCCAUGUUUUCUGUGACGUCUGCAUCAAGGCUGCCAUUGCAUCGAAGAAGAAAUGUCCAACUUGCCAGGAAAGGUUGACCAAACGAAACAUCCACCCGUUGUUUUUAUAGCUUCUAAAAUGAAUCGAUCUUUGAUAAGGGCCUCAUAGGUCUUCAAAUACUUUGAGAACUGAUGGUCUGAUAAUCAUGUGAUAAUGUUCUUUUAUGGCAUCAAAUAAUGUAAACAUAAAACAAAAUGACAUUCAGAAAUGAAACAGCUGACAAAUAAAAUGGAACACAUUUA